AUGCCCCGCCGCCACCGGCCGGGCGCGGUGCGGGACCCCCAGGGCUUGUCGGCGGCCGCCCGCGACGGAUCAGACCAGCCCCGCCGCGGGGCUCCCGCCGCGGCCCCCGGGACCGGCCCUCCCCGCCCCGCCGCUGCCCUCGGGACCGCCCCGGCCCCGCCGGCCGCGCUCCCGCAGUCCCGGCGAUGCCGCGGACGGAGCUGCUCCGGUACCGGGCUGGCGGCGCGGGCACCUGGCGCAGCCUCCUGCCCGUGCGGCUCUCGGCGGCAGCGGCGCGGGAGGCGGCAGGUGCGGCCGGGGCAGCGGGUGUCCGGGCGGGAUUCACCGCACCCGCUCUUCUUGCGGGGGGGGCCGGGGCCCGCGAUCGCCUUCCAGGGGAGCCAGGGGUGCCUGACGGUGCCAGGGGGCCCUGGGACACCCCCACGGAUCUUCAUCUUCUCCAUCUCCUGCUGCAGCCAGGAUGAGCCGUGGGGCAGCUUGGAGUGUGUGCGGCUGGCCGUGUCCUGGACACAGAGCUGGACCCUGCUACCGUGGUACGAAGGGAAUCCUGGUGGGACAGGAGCGGGAGGACAGGCCGGGGAACAUGGCUCGGGAGCGGCUGCAAGAUGCCCUGCUGCAGCACAGCCAGGACUGCAGACCCUCUGCCCCAUCCUUCCUGGUGCCUCUGCAGCAGCCUCCAGGGCACGGGUCCCCGCAGGCCACCAGCAGGAACCUUCUGGGGGUGGUAAGUGCUCAGCGGUUCUGGUAGCGAGGUCCCCGUGGGGGGAGAGCCUGGUUCAGCACAGCUGCUUCCCAAAGGCAUCAGUUGUCUUCUCUUGGUGCCUCCUUCCCAGGAAAGCCCCCUUUGUCCGUCCUCAGCCUAAAUGCUCUAGGGCUCUGGCCUCUGCCCUUGCCUUGUGUACUGGCUACCCUGGGCAGGGUGCUGCUGCAAGGGGGAGUGGUACUGCUGUGGCCCCCAGUACAGCCCAAAGGACAGGGCAUGCCUCAGCACUGACAUGGAGCGAGGGAUACAACAGCCCUAGGAUAGAGCUGAUGAGGUUCCUGCAGCACCAGGUUCCAGCGCUGGGGACCAGGACAGGCCUGCGGCAGAGCAAUUUUGUCUUUCAGAAGUGCCUGGCACUGCUGGACUUCUCAGAUGCCAGAGCGAGCAAGAGGUCCCGGGUGCCAGCAUCCAGCUCUAGCUCAGAGGAAUGGCACUGGAGCUGCACGCAGACAGUCAGCACUCAGCACGUUGCACCUUUGCCACCCGGCAGCUGUUCUGUGGAGCUGGAGAGCCUGGAGAGCAAGGAGGAGGCAGGCGAUUCCCGGCAGGAGAGUGCCCUACGUCUGGAGCAGCACCUCCCUGUCCCCACAGAUGCCAGGUCUCAGCCUCGCAGCUCCUCCUUAGCAGAGAUCCUGGAUUACUUGCGGAAAUACCCUACCAUCUACUCAGCAGAGCAGUGCAGAGCCUACGAGGCAGCAUUUAGCACAGACUACGCUGAAUACUGCUGUCUGCAUGCUCGCAUUCGGAACGUGAGCAGAAGAGUCAUUUGGCUGGGAGCCAAAAUGAAGAUGUUGAGACAAGGAACGGAGGAACGCAAGGCACGUGGGGGACCUGGAGCACGAUGCAGCUAUGCUCCAGUUCUGCUCAUCUGCCACUUCUGGGUUGCAGACUUAUCCCAGCUAUCACCAGGAGAAGCAGCACUGCGAAUACCUCCACCAGAAGCUGUCUCACAUCAAAAGCCUGAUUCUACAGUUUGAAGGAAGUGGGAACUUGUAGGCAAACAGCUGCUACAGUUCUUUUUUAGCUUGCUUAACAGGAGUGCCCCUGAAGUGUGAGGGAAGCAGAUCCAAGCUGCUCCUGCCGCCCUGCAAUACUCGAGGCCAGCUGGAGAGCAAGAGACUUGGCUGCGGAGGAGAGGCAGUACUGUCCACUUGGAGCCCUCCUGCCAAAGGCUGAGCCCUGGUAGCCAUCUCACCAAAGUCUUUGGGGAGUGGCUGCCCUCUCACAGGGCUGGAGCAGUUUUCCACACGAGUCUCGUGUCUGUCAUGUUUACUCAGUUAACUAGGAAUCCUUCCUCAGAUGUCUGUUCCUCCUGAACUGAAGCCUCGUUAGCUUCAGUUUCAUUGCAGCAGAUGGUAAGGUUUACCUGGGUAGCCACCCGUCAGUACAGCUCCCUUUCUCCCAUCCUUUGUCUCUUGUCAGAGAGCUUCAGCCAAGCCUGCACUUACCGACUCUGGCUGCUCCAGGCACCCGGCCAAACCAACUGGAUCUCACCGCAUGCACGCCCCAGGCCAGCAGUCACAGAGUGGGAGCAAAGUGAGGACCAGGAAAGCCUCCCCAGGCUCUCCCUUGCCCGAGACAGGGCAAUGCCCUCUCCCCCAGUGAAGGGGUGCUCUGGCUUGGUUGUACAGUGGGCAGCAGGGCCUGUUGGAUUCUUCAUUCCUUGCACUCCGUAACCGGCUGCAAGGUUCCUGCCAGCUCCAGGUACAGGGAGUACUCACCAUCCCCCUCCAUGCAUCCAUGUCUGUUCUGAGAGACUGGAACGCCUGCUCCUGGUAGGGCAUACAGAGGCAGAUGUAGUAUCAGAGUGGGAUGUAGCUGGGGAAGAGAAUUGUGCCUUUCAGAAGUGAUGGGGCGUAGCUGAGAGAAUUGUGUAGAGAGAAUUGUGUGCUAAGCAUUUUAUGAGCCACUAGACCUGGAGAAUUCCAGCAGCAAUAAAUAAUUGGUACUCAGCCUUCAUAGUUGUGGGGGAGAAAUCCAGAGAAAGCAGCUCUGUCCUCUUACCAUGGUAACUGCUGCAACGCAGCUGAGCCUUAAGGGCCUCCAGAUCCUCACUUUCAACUCACAUGCAGCCCAAGAUAUUGGGAGCCAUGGCAACAGCUCCUCUGUCCCACUCUGGCUUGCUCCUGACCUCCCCAGGCAGCACAUUGCGGACUGCUGGAAGGUAGGACUGCCUGCACCCCAAGACAGUCACUCAGAGCCAGCACCAUCCACCUGCAGUACAGGAUCCUAUCUCUCUCCCUUGAGAGGGAACCACAACUACCAGCUUGCUUUCCUCUAAGAGAAGUGAUGAUCUUACAACUGACUGUCCUCCUAGCUGUGCUAGCACCAGACAGACGCACUGACCGUGAGGAAUGCCCUCAGCGUUGGCUGGACUUGCCUGUGUGCAGUGCUCCUUCCCUACACUUGAUGACUUUUGCAUCAGCUGAAAAGCCCAUUUAUUGCUGCUGCUUGCAUGCUGCUGAGCAAGCCCUGUGCUUUUCUAGAUCCAACAGUCGUGGGUAGAACCACACGCCUCCAGCCUUGCCAAGGCAGCAGAAGCAUUUGUGAACAGACUCCCGAGCCCCAGAUGAGCACAAAUGCAGCCCAUGAAGCAUGGCACACUGGGACAGCUGCUACUGCCACACUUUGGAAGGACUCCUGUGAGCAGAGGAAGGAGAACAGGGU